AUGUCCACGUCGUCGUUUGAACCGUAUCGGCCCCAUUCCGUCCGUACGGCCACACACGCACGUUCGCCAGCGCUCCUCCCGGCAACGAUAACAGCCAUCCACACGCCAACUCCACAUCUGCGUCAGAUAACCCUCGCACUCGCGUCUCCACUCGUUUUCAAGCCCGGCCAGUGGAUCGAUCUGCACCUGCCGUCUAUCCGACAACCAGGCGGCUUCACGAUCAUCACUCCUCCUUCACGCGAAUCCACCUCGUUUGAGCUGUCAAUCGGCCACGCGCCGCAAAAUACCGCUGCGGCGUGGCUAUGGCGCGAGCCCGCGGAGACACUGAGACAAGAGGUUGAAGUGCGGGUCGGCGGCGAGUUCGUGUUCCCGCCGGCUGGAGUACGGCGGGAGGAUGUCGAACGGGUGGUCUUUGUGGCUGGCGGAGUAGGCGUCAAUCCAUUCCUGUCGAUGAUAGCGUGGGUUAGGGGCAAGGAGGCGCCGAAGGAGUGGGAAAACGUUGAGAUGAAGUUUCUAUGGAGUGGGAGAAAGGGACAGUGGGCGUAUCUGGACAGGAUUGAACGGGCGUGUGGGAGGGAGAGUGUGGAACUGUUCGAGACCGGUGAAGUUGUGGGAGAAACGACGGAUUUGAAGGGAUGGGAGGUGAAUACGAGGAGACUGAAUGUGAAAGAUCUAGAGAGGGCAGUGGACGGCAAGAAGGUCCUGGCGUUUGUCUGUGGGCCGAAGGGGUUCACCGACUUCUGUGUUGACGCUCUGGUGCGAGACGUAGCUGUUCAGAAGGAGAGGGUGUUUUGCGAGAAGUGGUGGUAG